AUGUGCCUAACCUGGACCCGAACAUACACCCUCUGCGGCUGCACCCACGAACUGACAACAACCCCCUGCCCCGAAACUCCCCAAUGCGCAGGCUCAAAAAUCGCAUUCUUACAAACCAACUCAGUAACAUGCAGAGAAUGCUGGCGAAGCGGAGACAAGCGCACACUCACCUCAGGCUCGGACGCAGAUGACGAGCACGAGGUCCAAGUUUUCCCCGAUGAUCCCGAGACCCCUGCAGAGGAUAGCGAAGAUGAACUUGAAAUAUGGCACGACGCGGUGGAAAGUAGUACUAGUAGUACUAACAUAACGCCAGCGUCAACAGAUGAGUCUGAGUCUGAGGAUGUAUUUAUAGAUGCGUUUGAAUACGUUGACGAAUACUGUUCUCCGGGCCUGGAGUCGAGGCCAGAGACGCCGUUUCUUGAUUUGGAUCAUCCUGAGUGGUUGGGUAUUGUGGAUGGUGUCGAUGCGGGGAGAGUGUGUCGGUCUGUGGAGAGGGUUUAUCCGCAUUAUCGUGCGCGGAUGGGUCCUACGGAAUGGGGGUUAGUUAAGGUUUCCACGGGGGAAUAUGAUUUGUUUGGGUUUGUGAAGGAUCAUGAUAUUGAUAUAAGUCCGGGCGAAGGGUCUGCGAAUGAAGAUGGUGACUAG